AUGAACGGACAUCGACAAAUGAAUACAACAACAUCAAGUCGUAUUUUAACAGAUGUUCCUUGUAAAGUUUGUCAUGAUAAUUCAUCAGGCAAACAUUAUGGAAUAUUUGCAUGUGAUGGAUGUGCUGGAUUUUUUAAACGUUCAAUACGACGAAAUCGUCAAUAUGUAUGUAAAAAUCAUGGAUUAGGAAAUUGUCCAGUUGAUAAAACACAUCGUAAUCAAUGUCGAAGUUGUCGUUUAACACGUUGUAUAGAAGCUGGAAUGAAUAAAGAAGCUGUUCAACAUGAACGUGGACCAAGAAAUUCAACAAUACGAAGACAAAUGGCUUUAUUACUUAAAGAAUCGAGUGAUUUAAUUAGUGCAUAUCAUCAUCAACAACAUAGUUUUUCUCAUCGUCAUCAUCAUCAUCAUCCAAUACCAACAACAUUUCAUCAUCCAUUAUCAUCAUCAUCAUCAUCAUCAUCAACAACAACAACAAAUGGUAUUGAUUAUAAUAAUAUAUCAACAAAUUCAACAUCAAUUAUACAUCCAAUACCAAAAUAUCCAUUAGAUUUACGUACAACAAUUAUUGAACAUCAAUUUGAUGCACAUGAAUCAGCUGCAAGAAUUUUAUUUAAUGCUAUUAAUUGGGCAAAAACUGUUCCAGCAUUUGUAUCAUUAUCUAAUCAUGAUCAACUUUCAUUACUUGAAGAAGGUUGGCGUGAUUUAUUUAUUUUAACUGCUGCUGAACAACAAUUUUCAUUAAAUAUAACUGAUCUUCUUAAUAAAUCAGGUAAACAUGAAAAUCUUAAGUCAGAUAUUGAAUAUUUUCAAGAUUUAUUAAUUAAAUUUAAACAUAUGGAAAUUGAUUCAAAUGAAUUUAUUUGUUUAAAAAGUCUUGUCUUAUUUAAAACUGUUCUUUGUAAUUGUCAAACAAUGACAAAUCCACAAUUACAAGAUUUACAUAGCAUUGCUUAUUUACAAGAUCAAGCACAAAUAUUAUUAAAUACAUAUAUUAAUAAACAAUAUCCAUCACAACCAUAUCGUUUUGGUAAAUUAUUACAUUUACUUGCUGGUUUACGUUCAAUAUCAUCAUUAACAAUUGAAGAACUUUUUUUUCGUAAAACAAUUGGAGAUAAAACACAUAUGGAACAACUUGUUAAAGAUAUGUAUCAAAUAAAUAUGGCAACAAUUGUAGCUAAUUCAUCAUUGUCUUAG